CCAGUCACUUCCCGGAAGAGGCGGGGCCGUGGGCGAGAAGGUGCCGAAUUCGAAGUGCUCCCCGGGAGCUUUCCGGGGCAGGGUGCUAAGCGCCAAACGGUCGACUUUGCUUGGGGAAGGAAAGAGACAGUCUUUCCUUUUCUUUUUCUUUUUUUUUUGAGAAGAGAAAAUUUAGAAACUUGGAGACAGCAGUAGUUAGGAUUCAGGCCAAACUGGUAAAUCACGGAAGGGCGUCUUUCAAAACCAAGGAGGAAGGGUUGCCCCGCAGAUAAUCACCAGGAUGGGAGUGAAUGACUUGUGGCAGAUUCUGGAGCCUGUUAAACAACACGUCCACUUGCACAGUCUUGGUGGGAAAACCAUUGCGGUUGAUCUGAGUCUCUGGGUAUGUGAAGCACAGACAGUCAAAAAAAUGAUUGGGACAGUCAUGAAGCCCCACCUCAGGAACCUGUUUUUUCGUAUCUCAUAUUUAACGCUAAUGGAUGUAAAACUGGUGUUCGUUAUGGAAGGGGAACCCCCGAAGCUGAAAGCUGAUGUCAUAAGUAAGAGGAAUCAGAUUCGGUAUGGAGGUUCGGGAAAAACAUGGUCUCAGAAAACAGGGAGAUCACAUUUUAAAUCAGUCUUAAAGGAGUGUCUUGAUAUGCUGGAAUGCUUAGGAAUUCCCUGGGUCCAAGCUGCUGGGGAAGCUGAAGCCAUGUGUGCUUACCUCAAUGCCAGUGGUUAUGUAGAUGGCUGCCUCACCAAUGAUGGAGAUGCUUUCCUUUAUGGGGCCCAAACUGUUUAUAGAAAUUUCACUAUGAAUACCAAGGACCCACAUGUUGACUGUUAUACAAUGUCAUCCAUCCAGAGUAAACUAGGUUUGGAUAGAAAUGCUCUGGUUGGGCUAGCAAUACUACUUGGCUGUGAUUAUCUUCCAAAGGGAGUCCCUGGAGUUGGAAAAGAGCAAGCAUUAAAACUUAUAAAGAUUUUGAAAGGGCAAAGUUUACUUCAGAGGUUUAAUCAGUGGAAUGAAAAAUUUUGUUACUCUAAUUCACAACCAUCAGUCGUUAGCAAACUGGCUCAUUGCUCUGUAUGUUCCCAUCCAGGUUCACCUAAGGAUCAUGAACGUAAUGGAUGCAAAUUAUGUAAAACUGAUCGAUAUUGUGAGCCACAUGAUUAUGAAUACUGUUGUCCUUGUGAGUGGCACCGAACAGAACAUGAGAGACAACUAAAUGCAGUAGAAAACAGUAUUAAGAAAAAAGCUUGCAGUUGUGAGGGAUUCCCAUUCCGCGAGGUUAUUGAAGAAUUCCUUUUGAACAAGGAUAAAUUGGUGACGGCAAUCAGGUACCAAAGACCUGAUUUAUUAUUGUUUCAGAGAUUUACUCUUGAAAAAAUGGAGUGGCCCAGUCACUAUGCAUGUGAGAAAUUGUUGAUACUGUUGACCCACUAUGACAUGAUAGAAAGAAAGCUCGGUAGAAGGAACUCUAAUCAACUACAGCCACUUCGAAUUGUUAAAAACCGAAUCAGAAAUGGAGUUCAUUGCUUUGAAAUAGAAUGGGAAAAGCCUGAACAUUAUUCUAUAGAAGAUAAACCUGGAGAAUUGGUUUUACAAACAAUAGAAGAAGAAUCAUUGUUUGAAGCAGCUUAUCCUGAGAUUGUUGCUGUUUACCAAAAACAAAAGUCAGAAAUUAAAGGCAAGAAACAAAAAAGCAUGAAAACUAAGUCUAAAGGAAACAAUUUGCCAGAAUCAGAUGAUAUGAUGACUUUUCAAUCACACAUGACUUUAAAACCCACAUGUGAAAUCUUUUCUAAGCAGAAUUCCAAGUUAAAUUGGGAAAUUUCCCCUGAUUCUACAUUACCCCAGGAAUCUAUUUCUGUGUCAUUGAAUACCUUGCUUUUACCUGAAGAUGCUCCCUGUUUGAAUACACAAGAACAGUUAAUAUCUUCUCCAAGACCUUUGGCUGUGCAGCAAAUUAAAGCUGUCAGUAAGUCUCUGAUUGCAGAAUCUAGUCAACCCAGUACCUCAUCCCAUAAUAUAUCUGCAAUUGCUGAUCUGCACUUGAGCACCAUUGACUGGGAAGGUACUUCUUUCAGUAAUUCUCCAGCUAUCCCAAGGAACACUUUUGCUCAUGGUGUAAAAUCGGAACUUGAAACAGCUAUCCCUGAUAGCUUUAAAAAUAUUACAGAGCAAUUGUCAUGUGAAUCAGAAUGGUGCACUACAAACAUUAAUAAACUCUUCGAUUGGGAUCUUCAAAAGACUGAUCCUGAAGAGCACCUACUUUCUGGCAUUACUGAUUUACAUCUUCAGGAUUUACCUUUAAAGGAACGAAUACAUAUAAAAUCAUCAUAUCCUCAGAAUAAUGUACAACCAGAUGAUGUGAAAACAUUGUCCCUACUUACUGUACAAGAACACUGUAUUGCUAAUAGUAGUUCUGAAUGUCUAUCACAUCUUUCAAAGGAUCUUCUAGGAAUUCAUUUGCAAAAUGAAUCUAGAAACUGUAAAGUCCUAAAAGGAAACCAGCUGUUUCAAGAAAACUAUAAAGCAAAUACUUCUAUACCUUAUUCUGUCAAUAACCCAAUAGCAAAGACCUCCAGUGUUAGAAAUGGACCACCAAAUACUGCUUUAGAUUAUAGUAGAAAAGGUGAUGUGCAAACCACCCGGAAAACUGUAAUGAAGAAGAGUGUUUGCCUUGACACACAUUCCUCUGGUGAAGAAAUUAUCCCAGAGUCUGGGAAAGCUAAGUCCACAACUCAAAAAAUGAAGCAGAGUUCUCAGAAACAUAGCCCAGCCCAGUUCAAAAAAAAUGAUGCCAACAAAUUGAGUAACCCUAAAGCACAUAUUAAAGAAACUGAACAGUGUGUCCAGUCUUAUAAAACAGCUGGAAAUGAAGAAACCUGUUUCCAAGAUGCAGCAAAAGGGUCUCUGAGUUUUCUACAGUGUCGUAAGGAAAAAGGCGCCUCUGGUACCUGUUUGGAUAGUCCUCUUCCUUUAAGUCAGAGAUUAAAACUAAGGUUCCAAAACACCUGAAAUUAAAUUUAAAAUAUUCAAGUAUAACUUAGUAUUCUAGUACUGUUGGCAUUAGCAGAAGCAGAAGGAAGGUAUCUAGU